AAACUUUAAUUAAUUGUAAUCAUUGCUUUACGUAAUACCCAACUAAUCAUGAAUAAUGUUACAAAAACUUGCGUUCUUAAUAUACUCCGUUCUAAUAACUUCUUGCAACGUAGUCUUAGUACAGUAGCCCCUGAAAUCAGAAUUUAUGAAGUAGGACCGAGAGAUGGCCUUCAAAAUGAAUCUAAGUUUGUUCCAACAGACAUUAAAGUUGAACUCAUUAGUAAAAUCGUUGCUGCAGGUAUAAAAAAUGUAGAAUCUGCAAGUUUUGUCAGUCCAAAAUGGGUUAAACAAAUGAGUGACAGUGUUGAUGUUAUGAAAAAUAUUCAAAGAGUGCCUGGAGUGAAUUACCCUGUACUUGUUCCAAAUUUGAAAGGAUAUGAAACAGCUAAACAAUGCAACGUAGAAGAAAUUGCUAUAUUUCCUGCUGGUUCGGAAGGAUUUUCACAAAAAAAUCUAAAUUGCUCGGUGGAAGAAGGUCUUAGAAGAUUUAAACAGGUCGCGGACGAGGCCGUUCGUGACGGCUUGCGAGUAAGGGGAUAUAUUUCAUGUGUUGUUGGUUGUCCCUACGAUGGACCGAUUCACCCGAAAAAUAUUGCUAAGAUAACAGAACAAUUGAUUGCGAUGGGCUGUUAUGAAGUAUCGCUUGGUGAUACGAUUGGAGUAGGCACGGCCGGCUCCGUCCGCCGACUUCUUCAUGAAAUCCUCACUGUCGCAAAACCGGAACAACUAGCCCUUCACUUCCAUGACACAUACGGACAAGGACUUUCCAAUUUACUAGCUGGCCUCGAAUUUGGUAUUAAAACAGUAGAUUCUUCCAUCUCCGGACUCGGCGGAUGCCCGUAUGCACGCGGCGCGAGCGGUAACCUUGCCACCGAAGACCUAGUCUAUUUCCUGUAUGGCCUGGGAGUCAACACUGACGUAGACCUAGUAAAGAUUAUAGAAGCAGGUCGAUACAUUUCCAACUUCCUUGGAAAACCUACCGAAUCCAAAGUUAACAGGGUCAUUAGUGAUAGAUUUACUAAUUACAGAGAUAUUGUCAAACUAGCGUCUUGUAAUUGUUCAUAGAGAUAAUUAAUAUUACAAUAGCGGUUUAAGCUCAAAAACAAACACUCGAUAAUUGUGAUAAGAUAUUUAUUCCAUACACAACUCAACAAAUAUUUACUUUUGUAUCUAAGUAAACACAAUAAACGAUUUGUUAUUUCGCUUUA